AUGCGUUUUUUUACAUUCGGAGGUGGGAGGAGGUCCUCUGCAUCAUUAAACUCCGCAGUAAACUCUUUCGACGCAAAAUCAUCAGACGAGGAGGACGAAGACUUUGACAAAAAUGUUGCAAAGAACGAGACAAUCAUGGGGAUUGAAUGUGAAUCUGGGAUAUCGUACGACGAAAACUUGGUCGGUUUAACCAAACCGAUAGCGUUUGCGUUGUUCAAACACAAGACGCAAGCGGUGAUUACGCUCGGUAUCGUGUUACUUUUUAGCACCGCGGAUCGGACGAUUUUCACGCUGACGGCGUUACCCAUCGCCAACGAGUUGGGUUUGUCCAUCGCGCAAAUCGGGUGGAUACAGAACGUUUUUUUGAUCGGGUACAUGAGCACGAACGUUAUAGGUGGGCAACUGGCGACGAGUAAGAAGAGCGGGAGCAUAAGUCCUUCGAGUUUGUUAUUUUUGGCGCUGUUUUUUUGGUCGUUGGCCGUCGCGGUGUUGCCGACGUUGUUGUGGUUGAAACGCGGAGGCGGUUUGCUUUUCGGAUUGGAGACGAUUUUGACGCCGUUUGCGAUAUUACUCAUCAGUAGAUUAUUGUUUGGGUUAGCGUCUGGGGUCGCGUUACCCGCCGCGGCUGGAUUUUGUGGCACGUCCGCGUACUUUCUCGACGCGGAAAGAGGAGAAACUUUUACGACUUUAUUGAGCAUGUUCAACGUCGGCUCUGGGUUCGGGAUGUUGUUCGGAGGAUUUUUAGUUCCCGUGAUUGGUUGGAAAGGCGCGUUUUUCGUGUUUGGUUUGAGUGGGAUGGUGUACGCCGUCAUCGCGUUUAUGCGUUUGAGAAGGUUAGAUCGUUUCAUAGAAAAAGUAGAGGAGCGGCAUAAUCCGUUUUCCUCGUCCAUGGUUGGCGAUAUCCCCAUGCUCUCCGAAGACGAGUGCGUCGCGUUAGACUCUUCUUUGACCGAGGAGACGAACUCGAACGAGGAACAAGCGCGUUUUGACAUCGCCUGCGAAGACUAUAGCAAUCGAACGUGGCUGAAGAAUUCCCCGCUCUCCGUCAAAUUCCAACUUUUAGUGGUCACGCUCGCCCACAUCAUGACGAACAUCGGCUUCUUCACCUUUCAAAACUGGCUCGGAAUUUACAUGCAAGGCAGUUUAGGCUUUUCCGUGUCAGAUACCGGCGCGUAUUUGUUCGUCCCUUGGUUCAUGACCGCUUUAGUCGCGUAUUUCGGCGGGAAAUUCUGCCAAAAAGCCAUUCGAGACUUCCAAACGCCUCCUUGGAAAACGCGACAAAUCGCCAUGACCGUCGCGACCAUGAUCCCCGCAUUCGGCUGCCUCCUCUUGGCGUACUUCUCCCUCGCGCUCUCCUCCACGCCUCUCUUCGUCAGCGAAAACAUCCAAAUCCUCUCCGUCUCCAUCAUCGCAAUAAUCGUCGGUGCUCAAGCCGCUAGCGUCGCCGGCGUCCACGCGUACUUACAAGACUACGCCUCCGACCGCGCCGGAAGCAUCCUAGGCGUCACCAACACCGCCGGCGUCUUCAGCUGUCUCGUCGCUAACAAAGUCAUCGCCAAAUGGGUCGGCCAAAGCGCGACACUGGGGUUCGCCAAAGUCUUUCUCGGAUUGGCAGGCAUGUACGUCUUUUGCGGAUGCGUUUGGAUACGGAACAUGAAAGGAGAUAGAUUGGACGGUAAGAUAAAAAUCUAG